CAGCUCAAGCACCUACGAGCUAUGCUCACUCACCUCCCAGACUGCAUCCCUCUGGGUAACUCCAGGUAUCACUUUGAGAACUUCGCACCUGAUCCAGAGAAAGUUGAGCUAUACGGCAGUGCAGAAGCAGCACUGAAUAAUGUGUUAGAAGUCACCUUUGCACCAAAGGGAUGA